GGAGAGCUCAGUAGUACGCCGGCGCGCGAGCUAACCGCGAGUGUUUGACGACUUAUAUUAUAAUCUAUACACGAUAUUUAAAUUUAUAACGCCCACAAUGUUGGAAGGCACAAAGAUACACCGACCGUCUCAGAUGGCAAACAUUUUCGACAUUGCCAAGGACACAGUUCUAUUCCUUGUGCUCUCCUGCUACUACAUCCUGGAGUCUCUAUUUUGGACACUGGUGCCCAACUACUUUAGGCCCAUGAAGAGUCUGGAAGGGGAUGUGGUGGUGGUGACCGGUGCGGCUGGAGGGGUGGGCAGACAUCUGUCUUUGAAGUUGGCGAGACUCGGCGCGAAGGUGGUGCUUUGGGAUAUUAAUAAAGAAGCAUUAGAGAAAAUUCACAGCGCUGUCAAGGACGAAGGAUACCCAGUGGUCAGCUAUGUCGUGGACUUGGCAAAUAAAGAAGAAGUAUACGAGACAGCCGAGAGAGUGAAGAAAGAGGUGGGCAAAGUGGACAUGAUCAUCAACAACGCUGGUAUCGUAUACGGUGACACUUUCCUGGAGCUGAGCGACACCGCCAUUGAGACUACGUACAAAGUCAACAUACUCGCUCACUACUGGACAGUAAAAGCGUUCCUCCCCGACAUGAUAUCUAGCGGCAAGGGGCACAUAGUGACUGUGAGUUCUGUCACUGGCCUGCUGGGUACGUACCGCUGUACCGACUACAGCGCCACAAAGUUCGCGACGGUCGGCUUCCAUGAGAGUUUGUUCACGGAGUUGAGGGCUCACGGCCACGACUACAUCCACGCGACGCUGGUCUGCCCGAGCUACAUCAACACGGGCAUGUUCACCGGCGUGACACCUCGCCUCACCGCCAUGCUGGAGCCCGACUACGUGGCCGACAGCAUCAUAGAGUCGGCUCGCAAGAACGAGGUUGUGUGCGUGCUGCCCGGCUCCAUCAGGCUGUUCCUACCGCUGAAGACACUACUCCCUGCAAAGAUGUGCUGGGACCUAAUGUAUCGUGUCAUGAAGGGGCCGCAGAGCAUGAUGACUAUGAAAAUAACUAAGAGCCGCUAGUAUUACUAGUAUAUAUUACAUAGAUAUUAAAGGAUAUAGUUAGAUAAAAUGAACAACGAAGAUAAUCAAGAAAGUGAAGACUGAAUUGUAAGCCUGGUGAAAUAAGGCUGACAAUUUAUGCAACUAAACUUUAGAAGUCACAAAAAGAUAA